CUCAACAUGGCGGCAGGCCACGCGCCGAGGAGUUCUGGGUGCGAGUUUUACAGGAAAUACUUUGUGCGCCUGGGAAGCCUGUAUUUGUGAAGGCUGCCAUUUUACCGAUCUUACGCCCAGCCAUGAGUGACUCUGCAGUGGAGCUCUCCUCGGAGCUCUACCAUGGCCAUUUGCUGCGGCAGAUGCAUCACUUUAGGGAGAUGGGCAGCCUCUGUGAUAUCACCAUCCAGGUUCAUUUCCAAGGGGAACUGAAGGAAUUUAAAGCUCACCAAGUGGUGCUUGCUGCCUCCAGUGGUUACUUUAGGAAGCUUUUACUAGAAAAAGACCAACCUGUCAAAUUAUUCUUGGACACUGUUCCAUCUACUGACUUUGCUAGUUUUUUGGAGUUUGUCUAUACUGCAAGGUUAAAAUUUGAGAAAGUCAGGACUUGGAAUAUACUGGAAGUAGCCAAGAUGCUUGAAUGCCAGGACCUCAUUGAGGCUUGUGUCAAGCUGACUGAGUCUGAGGUCCCUGAAGGAGACAACGGCGGUGUAACAAAGACUGAUAUCUUAUCACAGGAUAUGGAGUCCAAUCAAAACUCUCAGACUAAUAAACCUGAAGACAUUCAGUUAGAAGGAGAUGGUUCACAAAACAUGCCCAUCAAGUCACCAAAUGUGAUCGAGAAGUCACUUUCUCCAGAUAGGGCAGGGAAGAAAAAAGAAAUUAACAGUGAAGUGCAAACCAGGAGACUGAGCAACAGACUGGCAGGUCGUAAAGUAUUUGUGGACAUUCCUAAAAGAAAGCGAAUCACGAAGGUGAAAGACAUACAAAAAACAUGUCAAACUUCGCCGACCACGGAUGCUUUGGGACAAAUGCAGAAUGAAGAACUGCACCAGUCUGAGGUUGGGUCAAAAUGGGAUCCAGAGAGGGGAGAUGUGUCAGAAAAAAAGACAACGGAGGAUUCGGUAGACACAACAGACACGGAUGACCAAGAGGCAUCGGAAGAAGACCCUAAUGACCUGGAUUUCCAGAACAAUGAAGAGGAGGAGGAGGACAGCACACGAUCCCCUUCUAAGGGAAGGAAAAAGAAGAGAAUUGGACAGUUCAAGUGUGAUGAAUGCCUUCGUUCAUUCCAUUAUGAGAAGAGCUACCUAAAGCACAUCAAGGUGAGUCAUGGAGUCCUGUCUGAGGUGGUCUACCGCUGCAACGUUUGCCAGCAUACCUUCGCCAACCGCUGCAACCUGAAGAUUCAUGAGCGCCAUGUCCACAGUGAAGAGCGGCAGUUCUCCUGUGAGGUUUGUAGCAAGGCUUUCAAGCGCAAGAAGGAUGUGAAAAGGCACACUCUACAGGUGCAUGAAGGGGGUUCCGAUCGGCACUUUUGCCAGGUCUGUGGGAAGGCUCUCAGCUCCAAGACAGCCCUCAUUCUGCAUGAAAGGACACACACAGGCGACCGGCCAUAUGAGUGCACUGAUUGUGGAGCCAAGUUCUCUCAAAGCUCUGCGCUCAAGACACACCGCAGGACUCACACGGGUGAGAAGCCUUUCUCUUGUGAUCAGUGUGAUGCUCGAUUCACACAGAACCACAUGUUGGCGUACCACAAGCGAUGUCAUACGGGAGAGAAACCAUACAUGUGUGAGAGCUGCGGGAAAAGUUUUGCAUCAAAGGAAUACUUAAAGCAUCAUGCAAGAACCCACUCCGGAUUCAAGCCAUACAAAUGUCAGAUCUGUGAUAGGGCGUUUGCGCAAAGGAACUCGCUCCAUCAACACAUGAAAACACAUACAGGUGAGCGACCAUAUAACUGCAAUGAAUGUGGGAAGCAGUUCACACAGCUGAACGCCUUGCAACGUCACCACCGCAUCCACACGGGAGAGAAGCCCUACAUGUGUGUGCUGUGCAACCGCACCUUCACAGACAAGUCCACAAUCCGGAGGCACACCAUGACACAUGACAAGGACACUCCGUGGAGGAACUACAUCGUGGUUCUUAAAGGGAAUAUGGAAAGUGGCAGUAAGAGAAUGAAACAAGGCCAUGCAGCUGAGAAGAAUGAGAAGAGUGUGGCUCAGGGUUCUGCUAACACUGAGGAACGGAGUCCCGAGAAGGGCCCGGUCGAGGAGACCGCGACUGUGAAGGCUGAGCCCAUAAACGUUUCGGGGGAUUGGAGCACUACAGGUCACAGUGCCAUUGCCCUUGUCAGCCACGCUGCGCUGGGCAGCUUCACCGUCAUUCAGACGGAGGUUCAUGGGCCUCAGCUUGAACCAGUGGUGAAUGCCGACCCCAUGUCGCACCCUGUUACUGUUUCCAUUCCCCUUCCUGUGUCCCUUUCUGUGCCUGUGUCUGCCCCGCCCCUCAGCGUCCCCGUUUCGGUACCCCUGUCCGUGUGCACGCCUGUCCCUACUGAAAUGUGUGUCACAGUGCAGUCAUCAGAGCUGGAGUUGGAACCGGAGGCGGAGUUGGAGUUGGAGCAGGUGCCUGAGCCGGUGGCAGAGCCACAGUCCGAAUCGGGGCCAGAGCCUGUGCUGGAGCCAUACCAGACCUCAAGCAUGGAUACUGUGAGCAUUCCGGCUGUGGACAGCCAUCUUGGGGCAACUGAGGACAUUUCCGUUGAGAACAUGAGUGUGGAAAUGGAAGUUUCUUCUGAAAAUGUGACUGAUGCUACAGUGUAGGAUAAGAAACCUGCAUAGUUCUGUAGACAUUCCAUUUAUUGUACAAAAAUUACACUUGUCAAGUUCACCUUGAGAAUAUUGUAUGAAAUGAGGGAAAACACUUGUCUGAAAUGUUGUGCCUACUGAAUUUUGUGUGUUCACUAUCUAUACAGAAUUUAGCUGUGACAACAAACAAAUUUACAUCCUCCAUAAAACAUUAAU